CCCCCCCCCCCAAUCAUCGCCCAGACCCGCCGCACCAAAUCCAUCGCCAACUCACGUUCCUCUUACUCCCCAAUUUCUCCUCCAUAGAUUUAUGGGUUCCUAUAAUAAUGAUAAUCCAUUUCGCAUCUAUGCAUAAUCACGUGUUCACAUAUUGUUAGAUGUGCUUGUAGUCAGCUUUUGUUAUAACAAUUUUGGGUUUUGGCUUAUGGGUUUAGUGCAGAAAGUGAGAAUGGACGUAAAUUCCAUGUUUCAUGCGGUGGCGAUAGCAUGCACGGCGUGAAUACGUGGUGGACCUGGUGGUGGAGUUGAGUUCCUUAGGUGUAGCUGCUGCCGUUGAUUUAGGAGGUUGCUAAGAUCUAGAGUUCAGAUGUCGAAUCAGACUGUUAAGGUGAAUAGGGACACAAUUGCGGCAUGCAUGACAUGCCCUCUUUGCGAUAAGCUCUUCCGCGACGCCACCACUAUUAUCGAAUGCCUACAUACGUUUUGCAGGAAAUGCAUUUAUGAGAAGCUUUCAGAUGAGGAAUUGGAAUGCUGUCCAAUAUGUAAUAUUGAUUUAGGAUGUGUUCCAGUGGAGAAGUUGAGGCCGGAUCAUAGUUUGCAAGAUGUAAGGACUAAGAUAUUCCCUUACAAGAGGAGAAAGGUGCAGGCACCUGAAGUGGUGACUCCAGUUACAUUACCGGCAAAGAGAAAGGAAAGAUCUCUCUCAUCAUUGGUGGUCGGUACUCCCAGGGUAUCGAUACAGAGUGGCAUGACUGGAAGAAGAUCAAAGUCUGUUGCAAGGAAAGCGUCAAGAGGUUCCAGUUUUACCAUAGAGAAACCUCUUAAGAAAGAUGAAGACUCCAUGGAAGACCAUCCUGAGAGCUCUAGCUCACCCGAGACUUUGAACAAAUUCUCUCAGAAUAACAGGAAGAACUCCACUACUGUCCAGCCAUCUAGCCACGCUACACCGGAUAGUGGAAGAGAGUGUGGUUCUGUACCAUGGGAAGGGAAAGGUGAUCCUUGGAAACCUUUAAAUUGUUUGGUGGAGGCUGCAAAUAGGAGUAAGUCUUCAAAAUUUACCUCACAUGGAUCUGCUGCCAAAUCAGAAGCUGUAGGAUCCCAAGACAGUGAAGGACAUGUCCGUAAAACCAAAAGUAAAGAACAUGGCCAGAAGUCAAUACUUCAAGAUGGGAAGAACAGCGGUGACCGUUCCCCUCUGGAGUCAGUAAAACCUAAAAAAAUGCGCAAAAUCCGCCAGAAAAAGGCUCAGAGUUCUAGGGAAUUCAGGAUAUCACCCCAGGCUGUGCUUGAUGCUAUCAGUACUAAAGGUGAAAGGAGAAACAACCCAAUAUGGUUCUCAUUGGUGGCUGCGGACGACCGGGAUGGAGAUUCACCCUUGCCUCAGAUUUCUGCAAGUUACCUGAGAAUAAAGGAUGGAAGCAUACCUGUUUCUUUUAUCCAAAAAUACCUGAUGAGGAAAUUGGAUCUUACAAGCGAAGAUGAGGUUGAAAUUAAAUGCAUGGGCAAGUCUGUAGUUCCCACACUACAACUCAAUAAUUUAGUUGAUUUGUGGCUUCAAACAGCUUCUUCAGAGAAAGUAUCAGCCACAAUCGGUUCAUCAGCUUCAGAUUUCGUAAUGAUAUUGUCAUAUGCUCGCAGAGCCCCAGCUUCUUGACUCUGUUCACCUCCAUUCUUUAUAUCUUCAAUAAACAUUUAGAUUUUGGUAUAAGUUGCAGUGGAACUUCCUCACUGUGUAUCCAUAAUCAUCAUGUGUUGUGAUAUCGCAUUUCUUAUCACUGUUACAAUUGUCAUAUUAGCAGAGCAGGGGAGAGAGACUCAUUCUUCAUGUCAGCUUACCGGAAGCUUUCUUUUCGGGAAAGAAGUUGCACGGAGGCAAAUGAAUCGCUGUAUUGGUUCAUGAACUACCAGAGGUUUUAUGCAUGCUCUUGAUUGGCAUGCUUUGUGUGUUUGUUUCAUUGAAUGUCUGUACAUUAGUGUCUACAAGUGUGAACGCUUGUGAAUUUUCAUAAUCUGUAGUCUAUUUCUUCCAUCAUGUUGGACUCGUAGAAUGUAAUGUUAUUACCUUUGGAUUGAAAUUUUGUUUCAUGUCUUCUACUUGAGCUCAUAUGUGCCUUUUUAUAUAA